UAGCUUAUCUUUGUAUAUUAAGAUGAUUCUCUCCCUUGAAAUUUAAAUUUGGUUUCAUAUGCAUCAGUGAGUUACCUCCCUUUAUUAAUCAAUGCAUAAAUAAGAGAGUAUUGGAGAAAAUGUCUGUAUUAAGAAGUAAGAGAGAGAUAUUGAUUUUAGCAGGAGGAAAUUAUCUGUGAGACUAGGGCAUAUCUCUGUUGACAAGAAUUUUGUGAUCAUUUAUCAAUACUUCUGUAUUGUGAGCUUAUCUGGAUACACACAAAUUUAUGUUUCCAUGUAAGAUGUUACACGAGUGGAUAUCACCGAUGCAGUUACACAGUAAAAGAGGAUAAUCAUAAUAUUACACUACAAAAACACGCUCGCUACCAAAGUCUCUUGUGAAAUGAGAAGUUCAAGGAACUUGACUGGCCUGCUUAUUUCUUUGUAAGGGACAUAAUACUAGCUGAAAGUAAUUGACAUUGAUGUUUUGAUAAUUUUCGUAAAGUGUCAACAUUUUUUCUGGAAGUAUUCAUUUUCUGGAAUAUUAACAAUAAAAUGUGGUGAAAUAUUUUGAAAUUGACACUUACAAGCAGAACAGAGGGGGUGAAAGGACUAGCUUGGGACUGUAGAAAGAGAGUGAAAUGCGGUGAAGCAUGAAGUGAUGCAUCUUGCAGUGAAUCUGGACAGGAACAAGUGAGGGACUUCUAAAAAUGUCAGAUUCAGAGCAUACUAGUCUAAUGCCUGAAACACAGGGGACCGGUGGUGGCCAAGGGGGAACCAGUAGGAAGAAGCCACCACCUCCAGACUGGGGAAAGUAUGGACUUAGCCAGGAACCAGCAAAAGCUCCAUACUGUGCCAAUGUUGAUACUGGAGGAGAAGCUGGGUACCAGCAUGCAGACGUUGGAAAUAAAAAUGAACUUUUCCAGGAAGAUCAGAAUCUCAUACAGAAAAUGUGGUGGAAGGCCAACUUUUUCAUCAGUGAGCCAGUGUUGUUUGGCACCUGGGACGGGGUGUUUACCUCGUGUAUGAUCAACUUGCUGGGUGUGGUGAUCUUCCUCAGGAUGGGCUGGAUUGUGGGGAAUGCUGGGAUUGUUCUCACCAUACUAACUAUCGUACUGGCCGUGCUUGUAGUACUCAUAGUAGCCCUUAGUGGUAUAGGUGUAUGUGAGAGGUGUAAAGUGGAGAGUGGAGGGGUGUAUUUUCUCAUAUCUCAUGUCCUUGGAUCCAGAAUUGGUGGCAGUGUUGGAGUGGUCUACUGUUUUGCUCAGGCUGUGACAUGCUCUCUGUCAGUAAUGGGUUUUGGUGAAUCAAUCAUGGGGCUGACAGGCAUUGACAAUCCUUGGAUCGCCAAAGGCGUUGCUAUCGCCCUUGUUAUUCUUCUUUUAGGUAUAAAUAUAGCUGGAGUUAAAUGGGUGAUUCGACUUCAAUUAGUACUGCUGUUUGUAUUAUUCCUCUCAGUGAUGGACUUCUUUGUUGGUUCAUUUGUACAUACAGAUAAAGACCAUGGUGUAACAGGUUACAGGGAGUUCAAUCUACAUAACAACUCGGGUCCAGCCUAUCUUCCUGGGGAAACAUUCUUCUCUAUAUUUGGUCUGUUUUUCUCUACCGUAACAGGCAUUUUAGCAGGUAUCAACAUGAGUGGAGAUUUACGGGAACCGUUUGUCAAUAUACCACGAGGGACUUUAUCUGCUCUAGGUGUAUCAACAUUUCUGUAUAUAGGAUUUACGUUGGUGAUUGGAGCCACAUGUUUGCGAGAGAACUUGCAUAAAGACUACAUGAUAUCUGAAAAGAUCUCUAUUGUUGGUUUUUUGUGGCUGGCUGGCUUGUAUAUAUCAUCUGUAUCGGCUUGUAUGGGAAGUUUGUAUGGCCCACCGAGAAUACUUCAAACCAUAGCUAAUGAAAAUGUUAUACCAAUUAUUAGAGUUCUUGGACAUGGUCGUGGACCAAACAAAGUCCCUAUAUAUUCUCUAGUGCUAAUUACCCUAGUUGUUCUAUUGUUUGUUCUGGUCGGAGAUGUGAACACUUUAGCUCCUAUAGUCACAACAGCAUUCAUGAUGUCAUACGCUGCUGUAAAUUACUCUUAUUUUGCUCUUGCCAUGAGUUACGAUCAUAGGCAAGCACGCGAUCUACGAUUUGGUGUUCAGGAUAAAUCACGAAGAAAAAGCACAGACAUUAGUGGAUAUGGAGCGACAAGUGUGACCGAAAAAUCGUAUAAAGACUCUUUUCAGACUAUACGCACUGAUUUAGAUAAACUAUUUCCAGAGAGAUUGACCCAUAGAGGUCAACAUCAUUUAAUUCACCAACAGGGCAAAGAAUCUCAUGGUCAGAUGUCACCAUCAGAGCCUGAUUUUGAUGCCACUCAAAGGUCAAAAUCUCUAGAUAAUGUUUCUGAGGUCAGUGAUUCGUCACAAGUGUUGCUUUGUAAGGAAGGAGAUCCAAGACAACCACCUAAUAUGGAAAUCACCAAGCAACCCAGGUCAUGGUACUCAUUCUUAUGUAACAGAUGGCUGUCAUUAUUUGGGACAUUGGUGUGUGGGGUGAUAAUGUUUGGAACACAGUGGAUUUAUGCUUUAGUAGAAGUCAUUGCUGCCAUAGGUGUCUACAUCUACAUAGGCCAAUCUAACCCUGGCUACUUCCCAGGUAUAGCUGAAUUUAACUUCUAUAAUUGGAUGAAAUCAGGUCUACAAAGAUGUAUAAGUGGUAAACGGAGCCAAGAAGAAGUAAUUGUUGCUCCCACAACUCCAGCAGUUACCACCCUUGCUGCACAGCUUACAGAAGACAAUGAAGAUUUUGCUGGUAGGGGGCGCUAUCACCAAUCAGAAGUAGUGCAGGGAGAGAACUUUGAUGAUUAUGCUGAUGACAGUGAGAGUUAGCUUUCCUGUCUAAAGAUGAACUUUAAAUUCUUGGAAACUUAAGCUUGGUAAAUUAUGUUGACACUGAAUUCAAAUGUUCCUUGCCACAGCAUUUGAAUUGUCAAGGGAGAGAAUUGCCAUUGGAAGAACUGUUAGAGUUAGUGUUUAUGACUGUCAAUGAUAUGUUCAUAAUAAUGUUGUUUAAAGAGAUAAAUUUAAACUAACAUUAGAUAGUAAGCUAACAUUCCAGAUUAUAUUUUACAAGUUUAAGCUUGACUGAACGAUUUAGAGUUAUCACACUGAUUUGAUUAGAUUUCUGGUUAAAGUUUUUGUGCCGUAUAAUAUUCAUUACUAUAUUUCAAGGAAUUUAUUUCAAACUUUAUAUGUAUAUGUUUCUUAUGAUGCCCUUAUCAUAUAUGACAAUAUGACAAGAUUGGUUAAGUGAAGCACAUAUAUUAAAGAAUAAACUAAUGAAAGGAAUGGAUUGCAACUUCACACUCUUAUUUGAGAGCAUAAUAGGAGAUCACUGCUUAUGGCCAAUAACAUGAGUGUUUGACAGAGUGAUGACCCUUUUUGAACUUGAAAAAAAUUACCUUAUCAAGUCUCUUGUUUUAAUCAAGCAUUGACACUAGUGGAGCACAUUGUCCUACUGACAACCCAUUUAUCAUUAAUAAUUAUCUAAAUAAAAUCUAAUGUGGUAAAAUCUAAUGUUAUAAUUCUCCUAACUUAACUUUGAUAUUGUAUCUAUGUUAUUUUAUUUAAGUUGUUGUGUUUGAAGCCAAAAUUUUGUAGUUUUGCAGGAGAUAGUGCAAUAUAUAUAAAGUGUAUAUUUCUUGUGUGUACAGUUGAUAUGUUGUGAUGUGGUAAAGUUAAUGUGCAAGUUGUGAUAUUUACUUUAAGUUAAUUUUUAGUUCUUUGUUAGUGACAUUGUUAGAAAAAGAAAUAUUCUUUUUUCAAAUGUUUUAGCAGAACUAUUCAUAGAAUAGCGGAACUAAUACACAAUACCCAUUGCUUAUGUGUUUAAUGUGACUGUUGGUUUAAAUUUGAGGCCAAGUUUAUAUUUCGUUUCUAUAUUUUAUAAACCACUGGUGGCAUUCAAUUAAAAAUUCACACAUCUGUAUCAAUAUUAUUAUAGGUC